AACACUAAAAGCAUAGGAGUGGGGGGACCCAGCAGGGCUAGGGUACAUGAGUGACAGAACCAGAGUGGGGUGAGAAAAAGCAGGCCAGCUGAUUUACAGCCAGCUCAGCGGGACACAGCAGGUUCAGGUAGCAGCAGGAAAGGCAUGAAAUGGAGGAAGAAGAGUGAGUUUGUAGUGAGUUAAUUUGUAAGUAACUGAUAAUGUUGUACAUCAUCCAAAAUAUUGUUAUCAUUUAACAGGUGUCUUAUCAAAUAUAUAUUUAAAUAAUGAAAUUCAUAUCAUGAACUUACAACGACUAGUCGACUAUUGGCUCAUUGUUCAAAACACGGAAUAAAUCUUGUCAAACACAAAAACAAAUACUUAACAAAAGUUAACAGGUACAAAUGAACUCGCUACAAAUUUGCUCCUCUUCCUCUGUUUGAUUGCAUUGAAGCCACCGUGUCUUCAUCCCCCCCCCAUAAUGGUCCUGUUUGGAGCCGCUUCUCAGCGACUUAUGAUUAAGGCGACUAUUGGGGGCCAACCCAACUCAAGAUAUUAAAUGAAAAUGAGUUCUAUGGAUACCCAUGAGUCUCCCCUUUGGAGACAUGCUGACUUUAGGCUAAUCUCAUGCAGUUUUGGGGCAAAAAACAGGCUGUUUUUUCUGCAUGUGGCAUAAAUGUGUUUUUUCUGUCUAGUGUAUUUAUUUAUAUUUCUGCAUACUGGGAUCCCUAAACAGUAUUGGUAUUCUGUGUAUUGGGAAAUGCCAUCCCUGCCAUCAGUGCCCCACUUUUGCCACCACAAAGUGCUACCCUCUUAGUAAAUAUAACACAGUAGCAUCUGAAGAGUUUUGAUUUUGUCUGAGACAAAUUUAAAGAACUACAGAGAUAAAGAAUUGUAGCACCGUGGGCUUGUGUUAUUGAAAAUUGAAAAAAAGGGUCUUAUCACUUGAAUCCAUACAUUUUGACAAUUUAGUGCAAACAAAAUAUAGCUAAAUUAGUAACUAUAAAUAUAUGAAUUAUUAAUAUAAGAAAUAUUAUGUGGCUUCCAAAAAUAACAUCCCCUGACCCCCCAGUAGCAGUACAACCAUAUUUCAUAUUUAUCUUCAUAUGCAUGCGAGUACUUCACAUUAGCAACAUGCUUUUGCGAAAAAUGACUGCAACCUCAAAUACAUGUCUCUCUAGCUUAUUAAUCAAGUGCCAUCAUGGUCCCUCCUACAUCUUUUUCUUUUUCAUCUUCAGGCAAACACUUUCUUUCUUCUCCCAGUGUAUUCUGCAAUUUUCCCUUUUCAGUUCCUGUCAUUUCUCACCCGCCUACACUGGUAGCCUUUACUGAAGUCCCCUCUUCAUUUUACAAUUAUAUGUCCUUUCACCAACUUCAAACUCUUACCCACACUUAAUGUUGCCACUGAAUGUAAACUGUUUGAUGCAUGUCAGUUUGUCUGCAUGCUAGGUUGGAUGCAUAUAAAAUAUUUUAGCCAGCCUCAAGGUAUACAACACACGGCUGACGGUUGAUUUUUGGGCUGAGAUAUGUGGAUAUUGGGUCUGGGCUGUUAAACACAACAUUGUGCUAUCUUUGAGAUCCCUUAAACAUGUUUGACAGGAUAUCCUCAUGGACUGUUUCACUGUAAAAACUUAAAUGAUACUGUGUAUGUCACCCAGUCCAUUAAAAGCUUAAGGCUUCGGUAGCUUUUCACAAAUGUCUUCCUCCAAAUGUUUGCUGUCAAUGGCUGUCCCUCUACAAAGGGGGAGGAGGCAAAACAUAUGCAUAUGUGUCAUUCAAUUAAAUCAAAUUAAAUUAAAUUUUAUUUGUAUAGUGCCAAUUCAUAACAGAAGUUAUCUCAGGACACUUUUCAAAUAGAGCAGGUCUAGACCAUAGUCCUUAUAAAAUUAUUUACAGAGACCCAACAGUAACCACCAUGAGCAAGCACUUGGCGACGUCAGCAAGGAAAAACUUCCUUUUAAGAGGCAGAAACCUCGGACAGACCCCGGCUCUAGGUGGGUGGCCGUCUGCCUCGACCAGAAAUCAAGAGCACCAAUUAGUAGUGUGCACAAAUGAUUAAAUUGUUCCCAAUUUAUUUGAUUUUAUAUAAUCAAUUCAUAUUCUAUAAUCAUCCAUUCAUUUAUGUAUUCAUUUAAAAAUCAGCCUGCAUAACAGCUUAGGUCAGGGCUCAAGACUCAAACCCAGUUAGUGGAUGGUGGCAUCAAGACAACAGCACCAUGCUGUGGGGUUCAACAGUCAUUGGGAGCUAAUUCCUGUUGUUACGAAACUGCGGGGCCCUAAUUGCGCCUAUUGAGUCUGCUCAUUUAAAAUUGCCUGACUGCGCCUUUUUUUCUAAAUGUGCACACUGGCCGGCUGGCGGUCUGCUCCGCUCAGCCCUUACACAGUGACAUAGAGUUGUCGGUCGGGACUGGGGGUAGGCUAUCUCGGAAAUAAUCUGCCCACGCGUUAAGCUGCUUUAUCCCCGCCAAGCCUCAGCCGGACAGAGACUGCUGCAGCUCCGUUACCAGUCAGAGGGAGGUCGGGAGAGUGGGCGAAAGAAAAAGUGACACAGGGUGCAGAGACAGGUUUGAGAAAUCUUUUCUUGGUUGGAGGAGUGACACUGAGAGCUGACCGGAUCCUGCCUCACAGACCUGAAACUGAACCUGCAGCCGUGCGUUCAGUCUGGGAGGCAGGACGCAUAAAACAAGUCCACACUGGGAAUUUAACCUCAGCGAGAAGCUGGCACCGGUGGUUUGGGCAUGGACAACACUGGAUUUUGGAUAUUCUUGAUAACAACUUGUGUUAUUCCAGGAAUAAAUGGCCAGACUGUGGAAAUGGAUGACGGAAAGUGGGGUUAUGUUGGCUCAAAGGUGGAUCUCCGCUGUCGGUUCAUCAAUAGCUCCCCGCCUGUCAAAAUCUCCCAGGUAACAUGGCAGAAACUGGUGAACGGCACAAAGCAGAACGUGGCGAUCGCCAAUCCCUCCCUGGGUGUGUCCGUGGCCCCGCCCUACAGGGACCGCGUCACCUUCAAGAAUGGAGCAGUGAGGCGACGGACUCCGACUCUUGAAGACACCACCAUCACCUUCUCCUCGCUCCGCCUUUCUGACGAGUCAACCUACAUCUGUGAAUACACCACGUUCCCUGCGGGGAACCGAGAAAACACCGUAAACCUCACUGUGUAUGUUCGGCCUACAACCCAGAUGAGUUUGUCAACGCCGACGCUGGUGGCUCGUUCUUCCAAUCUGAAAACACCUGUAGCCACUUGCGUCUCUGCCAAUGGAAAACCACCUGGUACCAUCAGGUGGGAGACGAGGGUGCCGGGAGAAGUGACCACCCGAGAGUACAAAAACUCAGACGGGACGGUGACUGUUCAGAGUGACUACAUUUUGGUGCCCAGCAGGGAAACACACAAGGAGACGCUCACCUGUGUCACCACCUACAACGAGGAGGUCUUCACUGACAGCAUCACCCUCGAUAUUCAGUAUGAGCCAGAGGUUUCGGUCGAUGGAUUUGAUGGAAACUGGUAUCUGAACCGAGAGAACGUCCAGUUGAGCUGCCAAGCUGAUGCCAACCCGGCAGUCUCUCUGUACCAGUGGAGACUGAUAAAUGGGACCAUACCGAGCAAUGCUGAGAUCCGAGACAACGUCCUUACCUUUAAAGGGCCAAUCACAUAUGACGUGCAAGGCACCUAUGUGUGUGAUGCAACCAACAGCAUCGGGACACGAUCAGGCUCUGUGGAGGUCAGCAUUAUAGAAAAGCCUCUACCGCAGAUCGCGACAGGUGAUGUCAUCAGCGUAGUUGCCUUAUUACUAGCUGCUGGAGUGCUCAUGGGCAUCACUAUCACAGUCCUGGUGCUCAAAAUAAGAAGUAGAAAGGACGACUCCUCAAGCGACUCUCCGUCCAGUAAACUGUCACAGCCGAUAAGGAAAAGACCAGGAGAUGAUAUCCAGCAUUCAGGACGGUUUUAUGAAGAGCUUCCAAACACAGCGGACUACGUGAGCUACAGGCUUGCCUGUAACAAAGAGGACUACCCAGAGCCCUACUCCCCUCCCAUCAACCCUCCUCUCUCAUUUCUGCCCCAACAACCAUACCAGUCCUCACAACCAACUCCUGCAACCAGCAGCAGCAGCACCGCCACAUCAAAAAACACCUUCUCUCCUCCUUCACACACCACGGCCAUCUUUAAAUAUCCCUCGGUACAGGGCCUGUCUUCUCCUCCCCCGGGAGUGGCGGCGUACACUUUUCCUAAAGAGCAGUACGUCUGAACUUUGUUACAAACUCAAACCUCUUUCAGUGAGCUCAGAUGACACACAACCCGAUUUGAACCUGAACCUUUCCUAAGAGGAGGUUGAUUAACCCUGGACAAUGAGGCAGCGUCUCUGCACUGUCUGCACCACUGUGGACGGCUCUGGAAGUCAAAGGUCAAUGCAGCUUUUGUUUUUGGGCUUGGAAUUAAGUCUGAUUUCGAAACAUUUUCUGUCUUUUGUCCGUUUUUUUUAUUGUGUUCUUUGAAAAGGGAAGAUUGUUAUACUAUGUUUCAAAUGCUUGCCAGCAAGUUUAAGUUUUUUCGAUUGAGGCAGGUCAAAUUAAAGAUGAUUUGACCGUCAUUGGAAAAAUGUAUAUUGCAUCGAUGUAUUACAUUUGAUUGGAAAAACUUCCAACUGACUGGAUAGGAUUAUCUUUUGAUGUCCAAUGUGGUUGACUCCUUACUUUAUCCUCAUUUUGUAAAAAAAAAAAAAAAAAACGAAAACAAAAAAAAGAUUAUACUUUACUACUUUAUCUGUAUUGCCCACUCUCUUUAUCCUGCGUCGUACACACUGACAAUCCCUUUACUGAGGAACAGCAUACCUCACCUUUUGGUUUUACCUCCUGUUCCCGUGUAAUACUUUUACUGUAUUUUGUAUCAUAUGUGUUUUUCUUUGCAAAGAAAGAAAUCAUUUUUAUUUACUGAAGACAUUUUUGUUGAUAUAUGAAAUUGAUGUUUUUAUUUGUGGUAUCUGUGGGUUUUAGUAUUGACACUGGUUGUUGGACGAGCCUUGAAUUUUUAGCAUUUAAAUAAAAAUGAUCAUGUAAACUUAUAUCAGCAAUGACUGAAUCACACAAACUUCAACUCUUUCUUCACAAUUUACACAAUAUGCAUUAACAAUUAAAAGUCUGUUGUACACUC